AUGUCUACUGUGGCCGAGCACUAUCCAAUAGAUUGUCCAUUCUGCAACAUCGCGAAUGCAUACCUCCCUGAUCCGGCAUCACCAAUUCCAUCUUCGCCGGACCCAGCGAAGGUCGACCCGCAGUGUCAUCUAAUCUUGUCGACGCCAUACGUGCUCGGGUUUCUUGACAUCCUGCCAAUAGCGCCCGGACACAUUCUUCUUACGACCCGGCGCCACUACCGGACGUUGAUUGACCUUCACAAAGCAACAUCCACAACAGCGCAGGACUGGGCGUCACGUCGAGCUGCGGAGGAAAGCCUUGAGACGUCGCGCGCACUUGGGGAAUGGCUGCCACGUGUCUCGCAAGCUCUGUGCAAGGUCACGGGCAUUGAGGACUGGAACGUCGUACAGAAUAACGGGGAACGAGCGGCUCAGGUUGUACCACACAUCCACUUCCACCUAAUCCCACGGUAUCAGGAGGGAAGGCGGGAGAAUGCUGGGAAAGGCAAGGUUGAUGUGGGCAUGCUCAAGAGCUGGAGGAUGUUCGGCAGGGGUGCAAGAGAAGAGCUCGACGACGAGGAAGGUGCGGAGAUAGCUGCAGAGCUGAGGGAGGCACUGCAGGAGGUUAUUCAGGGCACAGAGAGUGUUGGGCCGAAGCUUUAG